AUGUCUGAAGAAUUAAAGACUUAUACCAUUGAUGAAGUCAGUGAACAUAACAAAGUUGAUGAUUUAUGGAUUGUUUAUAAUGGACAAGUUUACGAUGUCACCAAAUAUGUAGAUGAACAUCCAGGUGGUGAAGAAGUUAUUGUUGAUGUUGCUGGUUCCGAUGCAACUGAAGCCUUCAACGAUAUUGGUCACUCUGAUGAUGCCCAUCAAAUCUUAUCUGGCUUAUUAGUUGGAAAAUUAGAAGGUGGUGUUGUCAAGAAGACCAGCUCUAUUAUGAAUCAAACCGGUGGUGAUGCUAGUAGUUCAAGUUAUCCAUUAUUGGCUGUCUUGGUCUUUUUACUUGCAUCUGGUGCUUAUUAUUUAUUACAACUCAAAUGA